CAAAUCGUUUAAAUUCAGUUCAUAAUCAAUGACAAUUCAUUCAGCAAAUAAACAAUCAACAGGCCAUUUAGCAUCAGAAAGACAAAGGCGAUCGGGAUCAGUUGAUUCUGGAAAAAAAUCUGUUCCUGCUCCUCCACCGAGAUCAUCAUCGAGUCAAAUGAGUGAUGGACCUGAGGUGAAGCCACGUCCUUCACUAAACAGCAAUAAUAAAAAUUCUGUUGGAAACAAUCCGAAUGCGCCAGCUAGUAGACUUGGAACAAGUGUUGUUCGUAGUAAUUCGGAACCCACACCGGCACAAUUAGCUCAAUUACGACCUAAAUCAACUCCACCAGAAGGGGAAUCUAAUCAGAUGAUGCUGGAUCCAUCGAUGGUUCCUGGUGAUUUUGAUCUUUCCAUGGUACCAAGCAAUUCGACUGCCUCACUUUCCUCAAUCGAUAGUCAAGGAUCAAUCAUUGAAACUGGUGAAUCAGACAAAACUCGCCAACAAUUGCUAGAGGAGCGUCAUCAAGAACUUUUGAGGAAACAAAAACUUUUACAAGAACAGUAUACUCGGUUACAGCAAUUAUCUCGUGGUGAACUGCCCAACCUUUUACUGAAUGAUUUAAAAAAGACUGGAAGUGAAUCUAACAUUUUAUCAAAAUCUUCAUCAACUUCCAAUGUUAGUGGAUCUUUGACUCAUUUACCUAACAACAAGAAACCUCAUGUAGCUCAGCAGUCCCAAUCUCAAGUUCAACCUACAAAACAAUCUCAAUCUCGAUCUCAAUCAUCAACACCAUCUAAAACGACCUCAAUGGAAUCCAAAGUUUCAUCAGGGGACAAUAAGAAAAAGGAAUCUCUUCCAGCUCCAUUGAUAGCGAAUAAAGGAGACAAAAGUUCCAAAGGUCCCAUUAAACAUGAGACUCAAAAGAUUUACGAAACAGAUAUUCUCUGAAUGUAUUACAAUA